UAGCAAUUCAUCUGCUAGAAAUACAAUCACUAACUAGUCCACUUCUCUCGAUCAACCCAACCCUGCCCUAAUUUCAUAGCAGAAAUCCAGUUUCAGAGAAAAACUAAUACUCCGCAACCAUGGCCGCAGCCAAGGAAGCUGUCUCAUUCGACGAGAUUAUCCAGGCUGCCCGCACGCGACGUAAGAAGCAAGCUUUGACGGAUAAAUUCUUCGAGGCUAAAAGGCGUUCCAGCGCACCAGGUUCGGGGCCAGGGUCAGGUUCAGGCGCAGGCGCGUUGGCCAACAGAGUGUCUGUAGUACCUGGCAGCCUUGCAAGUAGAGUGGGCAUUGGAAAGAGAUCAGCUGCGCCGGUAGCGACGAGAAAACCGGCUGUGCCGACUCGUCCCGCCAGAAAGAACCGCAAGUUCUCCGAUCUCAUUACACAAAACAGCGGCCAAACGACCAUCACGGAUCGGGGACCAGGAUUCAGCAAAGGAAGCGUGUCGGGACCUUGCGUCGUGCUGGGAAGUAACUUUGCGCCCGGCACCACCGCUGCAGAUAUCGUGUCCGCACUCGAACCAGUAGGAGGUGCAAUUCUGGGCUGCAGGAUUGUGUCUACGCACCCGGAAGUGACAGCUGAGAUGACUUUUGAGGAAGGGAGUGGUGCUGAGAGCGUAGUUGCACGAUUCAAUAAUCAAAAGGCGGAUGGAAGGAUCCUCCAUGUCCGGAUAAAACCAGGACUGCAACCCCCUCCACAAAUACCCGCCGAAACGAAUACAGGCAGACUACGCCACCAUCGGUCACAGCCCACUUUCGAUAGCCUCCGCGAACAAGCGGACCGUGAGCGCCGCGAGCAACGACGCGCUGACCCCCAGGUACAAGACGGCCGUUACGGCUUCGAUGAUCGAUCUCAGCAGCAACAGCACGCCGGAGUCGGUCGUGGAAGUAGAGAUCAGCGAGGAGGUAGUGGAUCAGGGAGGGAUCGAAGCAUGGGAAAUGGCCGUGAUACGGGACUCUACAGUGAUCAAAUGGUUAUAGAUGAACCGAGCCACGACUCACACUACCAUGGGAGACGCGGGAGAUAGUAGCUGUUUAUGAUCAGUUUUUCAAUAACUCCUUGUGUUUGGCGAUCAUGGUAUAUGCCUGUUUUAACAUUACGUCAUGGAACUAACGAGACCGGGGCUAUGGAGCCGUCAUGGAAUUUGGAGGAUAAAAAGUAUAUGGGGCGCGAAAUUUACGAAUAAGUCUAUAUAUUUUUAAUUAUUUCCCCCCUUUUUUUGGUUUGGUAAUGGGCGCAUAUAGUUACCGGCUUCAGGUUUGAUUACUUUAGCAUAUCAGAAAGGAGAAGGGGCUUGUCAGGUAGAUUUUCUAUUUUGUAAACUGAAAUUUCAUUGUAUUGUAUAAUGAAUUCAUGGGGUUACUAUGCGUGAACCUCUUUUG